UUCAAUGAUGGAAUCAUUUCUAACCUAGUAUUUCAAUAAGUGAAAUGCAUUACGUGUAACCGAAUCAAUUACUGAAUUAUUUUACAAAAUAGAAGAGAUAAAUGGAUUUACUAUAUAAUCAGACCAAUAAAUUAAUUCAGCAAACUCAAGAAAGUUUUCAAACAUUAGAAAGAUAUUGCCCUGCACCUGACGAAGUUGAAUCAGAUAUACAGGAAAAAAUAACUACAGUUCAAAAAAACUGUGAAAAGCUAGAUACGUUAUUAUUUAAAGUGCCUUUACCCCAAAGACAAAAUGCAAAAUUAAAGUGUGAUCAAUUGAAAUAUGACUGCAAACAUCUUCAAGCAGCUUUGACAGCUUGGCGACAUAAAAGAGCUAGACAGGAACUGUUGGCUAGUGAAAGAAAGGAAUUACUUAAUCAUAGAUUUUCUCCAAAUCCUGAUGCAACAACUAUAACUAUGGAUUAUGCAAUACAACAACAAACUUCAUUACAAAAUGCUCACAGGGGUAUAGAUGAAAUGUUGUACACUGGAGCUGGAACUUUAGAAUCUUUACAGUCUCAAAGGAUGACUUUAAAAGGUGCACACAGAAGAAUCAUGGACAUGGCAAACACCUUAGGACUAAGUAAUCAUACAUUAAGAUUGAUUGAAAAAAGGGCAGCUCAAGAUAAAUAUGUUCUUUUGGGUGGUAUGCUUUUCACACUUACAAUUAUAGGCUUAGUUAUUGUUUAUGUUGCUUGAAUUUAAAGGUGCUUAGAGCAUUCUUUGUAUUAAUAAUUACAAAAAUACCUACUUUAAUUUUGUUCACAUUCCUGAUUUUAAGUAUUUAAUAUACACUGUUAUUUUAAUUUCUAAUAUACACAGAAAACUGCA